CUAUGUUUCCGGGGGGGAGGAUCUUUCUCCGUGGGCGGAGGAUGCAAAGAAUCCUGGGAUACUUACGCAUUCGCUAUUUUUGGCGAGAAGGAACUCCUCAAAAGCUAGAGACCUGAAAUAUUUUCUCAUUUUAUAUAACUUAACUCCUAUAAAUAAUGGCUCAACCACCGCCAUACAAUCAACCUGGCUAUCCUCCACAGCCUACGAAUCCUCCAGCUUAUCCAGGUAUGGUUUUAUUGCCUUUUUGAAUCGAUUUCCUUUGCGAAAUAUCGCGAGUUGCUCGCAUGCCAUUUUGACGAAUGACAAAUUAUUCGACCGCUUAUUUUUCCUCUUCGCCGCUUCCAGAUGGUUCCAAAUGCAUUAGCAUGAUCUAAAACGUUUCAAAAGCAACUAAUAUAUUUGCAAAACUGAACUUUCAAGUAGUGUUUUAAUAGUUCUUAUUUCAAGUAUGCGUUUGAAUAGUUUUUAUUUAUGAAUAGUUUUUAUUUAUUUUAUAACCCGAAUUUCGCAGAUUGAAAGUCUUCCGCACAAAGGAAAGUUAGAAAACAUUCACACGGUCCUUUUGUGACUUUUUUGGAUGUAGCAUUUGGCAUUUUUCGUAUUAAACGAAGCUUUAUUACAAAUUCCGUCAAACUAAAAUGUGAUGUUUUCGUUUUAAAGUUAUUAAAAUCAUUGGCAUGUACAUAUUAAUUUGACUGUUCUCCCCGUUCUGCAGUAAUAAAUAUACAGUAAUUGCCAGAAUUUUUCCGCUUUUGACGAAGUUUCUGUACAAAAGAAGGCGUCCUAUUAAUAUACCUUCGAUGUGUUGUCUAAUAUGUAGGUUUGUGUCUGGUAGCUGUUGAUAAUAAACACAAGAAGGCAUGAAUUCUUCCCAAAACGAAAAUAUCGGAAGCAGAACUGCUGGCCAGCAUUUGUGUUGAGUCGUGUGUCGUCAUAGGAAUUUAAUCACAUGGAAUACAAUUUUAAUCCCCUUGCAAUUGUGUACUUCUUUUAUUUGUGACACACAAAUAUGAAAUAUUUACAAAUAAAUAUGCCAUAUUAAAAAAAAAAUUGCUAUGUGAUUAUGCCUAUUUAUCAGUUAUCUUGGCUUAUCUACAGUGUUCACUGAUUAUACCCCAUCUGAUCAUAAUCAGUGAUCACCAUCUGAUCACUGAUUAUGCCCCAGUGUUCACUGAUUAUGCAGAGGCCCUGUUCCAAACAUCACACUCCUCGUGUGCCGAACGCAUUAAACAGGGUUCGUAGCGGUCUUUGAAAUCCUUGACAGUCAUUAAUUAAAUUUAAAAUAUUGAUGUCGGGACUCUACUGAAAGUCGCCCAGCAAAAGACCACCAAAGCCGUGAAAAAAAAAUUUUAUUUCCGACCUACCGACCCUAAUUUUUUCAUGAUAUGAAACCGAAACCACAGGUAUUUUUUUUAGGCCUUGCCAAACUUAACCCUGGUGCUAACCCUAUCCAGUCCCCAUUCUAACCGAUCAGAUCAAGAUCCCACAGAUCCUUGCAAGAUCUCAGUAAGAUUGACUGGCACGUUGCCAAUAUGAAUAAUCCUUCCCUGGUUUUCUCAGCUCUGACAUUUCAGGCAGGGGAUAUAGGGUCUGAAAUUUAAAUAUUUUCUCAGUAUCAGGAUUCAAAGUUUAGUAUCCCCCCUGAGAAUGCAGUAUCCCACUUCUGGAUACUGGUUACCAUAAGUAUUAUACCCUGUCCCAUCCAAUAACUCUCGCUGUUACAAAUUACAGUAACAACAGGAAAUUCAAUGUUCAGUCAAGUUGUCAACAACUAGACAAUUCAUUAAUCCACAAAAAUGCACAUUAUAUGAGGAAAGGCUUGGGUGGCAAACUCAUAGUAUUCAAAAGCUAUCAGGAGACUGUCAGAGGUGCUUAACAUUUUCCUAAUGUUUGAAAUUUUCUUAGUAUCCAGUUGGGAUAUAAGUCAUUCACAGUUUGGUAUCCAAAACCAAAUUUUAGUAUCCCGUGGAUAUUGGGAUACUGCAAAUUUCAGACCCUGGGAUAUAACUGUGGUCUUAUAGACCACCUUCAGAAUUACUGGAGGGGGGCAUCCAUUUAUUAUACAUAAAAAAUGUAGAAAACUGAACCCCCUUCCCCUUGUAUGCAUGUAAAAAAAUAGCUGCUGCAAAUACAAAGUGGUUUCUCAAUAAUUUGAAAAAGCCUCGAUUGCCUUCCCAGGUUAACAGGGCUUUCAAAAUUAUUUUAAGUGAGCAUCUGUGACGGGAAAGUAAGCGGCUGAAAGAAUAAUUUUACAAAUAUGGGAUAUGUUUUGACAAGAUUUCAAGUUAGCUCAUCUUUUUGUUCCAUUUGUGGCUUCAUCAAUUGGUAGUCAGCUAUAAGCUUUUUUAUACCUAGCACAGUAUAUGAAUGGAUGAAAUUCUUGUUGAAGAGAAAUGCAUCACUAAAACGUCAGAAUAUUGAUGAAUCCUUUUGGUUUUUAGAUGGUAGUUAAUAUCAAAAAUCACUUAUAUAUAUAUAUAUAUAUAUAUAUAUAUAUAUAUAUAUAUAUAUAUAUAUAUAUAUAUAUAUAUAUAUAUAUAUAUAUAUAUAUAUAUAUAUAUAUAAAAUAUAUAUAUAUAUAUAUAUAUAUAUAUAUAUAUAUAUAUAUAUAUAUAUAUAUAUAUAAUUUGUUAUCUUAAAAUGUUUCAAUUUCUCGCUACUUUAAGUUUCAUGCCACUAUUUGUGGCAAUCUUCAGGCGAUUAAAUUCAGUUCGUUAUAAUGGCGUGAUCUAUAGUUUGCUGACGUGCAUGCACCGUCAUUCGCACGCGCGUUCAAAAUUUCCCGCCCAAAAUUUCUCGCGAUGUCGGCAUUUUGCGAAUAUCUCGGGUCUUUUGUUCAGUGUUAAAUGCUUGUUUGCAUCCAUUAUGCAGAGUUUUUCUUCUAUGCAGAGAUUGCAACGCUUUGCACCAGAUGAGUAUGCGCCUUCCCGCUUCAGAAUUGACCAUUUUAGGGUGUAAUCUUUAUUAUUACUCUUUAGCCCCCAGAUGUACUUUGACAGCUCUGUAUCGUUUUUAUAUCUUUGGAGUUUGAAGGAUUUCUUAUGAUUUCCAUAUCGUUCUUUGAAAGUAGUCGCCGUCAUUCCUAUAUACUCUUUCAUGACACCGUCGUCGGGUGAUGUAACUUGGGCUUGAAUGACGGCGACUACUUUCAAAGAACGAUAUGGAAAUCAUAAGAAAUCCUUCAAACUCCAAAGAUAUAAAAACGAUACAGAGCUGUCAAAGUACAUCUGGGGGCUAAAGAGUAAUAAUAAAGGUUACACCCUAAAAUGGUCAAUUCUGAAGCGGGCAGGCGCAUACUCAUCUGGUGCAAAGCGUUGCAAUCUCUGCAUAGAAGAAAAACUCUGCAUAAUGGAUGCAAACAAGCAUUUAACACUGAACAAAAGACCCGAGAUAUUCGCAAAAUGCCGACAUCGCGAGAAAUUUUGGGCGGGAAAUUUUGAACGCGCGUGCGAAUGACGGUGCACGUCAGCAAACUAUAUAUAUAUAUAUAUAUAUAUAUAUAUAUAUAUAUAUAUUUAUAUAUAUAUAUAUAUAUAUUUAUAUAUAUAUAUAUAUAUAUAUUUAUAUAUAUAUAUAUAUAUAUAUAUAUAUAUAUAUAUAUAUAUAUAUAUAUAUAUAUAUAUAUAUAUAUAUAUACAGGGUGUAUCAUAAAGCAUUGAGCACUCUUUUAUCUAUAACGAAAAACAAAACUGUUUAUAUAUAUAUAUAUAUAUAUAUAUAUAUAUAUAUAUAUAUAUAUAUAUAUAUAUAUAUAUAUAUAUAUAUAUAUAUAUAUAUAUAUAUAUAUAUAUAUAUGUUUGUUCUAUAGUAAUUGUAAAAUGUUAUAAAUUCAAAGAAAAUACAGAUUUAGAAGUGCAUGAUGGGUUAUUUUGAAAGCCCUGGGUUAAUUGAGAUUUUACCUUUACAAUGUUGCUAUAUAACUUGUGUGUGUUCAAGGAAAAAUUUUAGUGCAUUUUAGUAUUCCCCAACAAUUUAAUCACCUGUGGAUCUAAAUUAUGUUGACCUGUUAAGUGGUUUCACUUUAAAACAAUAUGACAUUUUGAAUAAUGAAUAUUGUAUACAUAAUUAACAUCUGCUUAGAAGUGAGAGGUUCUAAACUUCUAAUUCUUCAUCAUGGACAUCAUAAGUUUGUUUAGCUUAUGCAUAUAAGUAUAUUGUGUUUGACAUUUAGAUGAAUAACUUGACAUUUUAGAUAAAUGUGUUGACAUCAAAUAAAUAAUGUGCCAUUAAGUACUGUGUAUGCAAAACUAUAACUGUGUGAAAGUGCAAUGUGGAAUAAGUCAAUUAAAAAAACCUAAAAACCUGUCCACACAGUGCUUGGCAUUAAUUAGCCUUUUUCAUGAAGGCCAAGGUCGCCAUUUUUGGGGUACUUUUUUGAAAACGACGUAAAAAAGUGUAAGCGAUGUGAAAACAUUUUUUUGAAUAUUUAACUGUAAAUUAACUUAUAAUGAUUAUACUCACAAUUAUAGUUGUACAAAUCACUUAUUCACUACAUACAAUCUCAGAUUUGGAAAAGGCAGUCCCCCACACUUUCAAAUGUAAAAAAUGUGAGAAAAUAGCCACACUUAACAGUGGCUUACCGCUUACAUAUUAAGGCAGUACUAUACCAUUAGUACAAUUGUUUUUAAAACUAAAGUCUUGAACUAACUGUAGCAUAUUUUGAUGUAAGUUAUAAAAAUCAGUUUUUUCGAGUGUUUUCGGACUGUCAUUUGGUGACAGUUUUUACCUUGAACUGCCUCACUCUGAAGACAAUUCAAAUUUUUAACCAAAGUAUUUUGAAGUUAGCUCAUAUAUAUGCUAUAAUUUCCAAACCUCUAGGUGAUCAGAAAGCUGGGUACCCACCCCAACCUGGUUACCCACCCCAAGGUGGUGCCUACCCACCCCAGGGUGGUGCCUACCCACCCCAAGGUGGUCCUCCACCGCAGCCUGGUUACCCGGCACAACCAGGCUAUCCUGUUCAGCCUUCACAUGCUGGCCACCAUACAACCACAACUACAGUAAUUGCCACACAGCCUGGACCUGUGAUUGUGACAGGCGUUGCAUUUGGUGAGAUUCCAGUCAGCAUGACUUGCCCACGUUGCCAAGCACAGAUUGUUACAUCGACAAUCUAUCAGGAUGGUUCAUUUGCUUGGCUGAUGGCUGCUAUACUCUGUUUUAUUGGGUGAGUUGUAGUAUUUAGUUGUUUUGAAAAUAUUAUGCCAGUUAUAGAUCAAUUGAGUAUUAUUUUGAGUUAUGUUGAGAGUGAUUUAUUAAGAGUUAUUUUACCUAUUUUUGCCUAUUAAUAGAUGCCAGGUUAAUACUGUGCUGUAGAUUCCGUGAUAUAAAGAGUUAUUUUGCCUAUUUUAUGAAUAGUGUUUAACAUAUUAAGUUGCAUUUGCACCCUGAUGUGCCCUACAGUACUUUGUUAUUCUACUCUGUCCAACUCCAGAUGAUGUCACUCAUGAAGGGGAGAGUGCUGCCGCUCAAUGGGUUGACCAAACAAUCCGACAAUGUACCUUGUUAACCCAUUAAGCUGCACCCUACUGUGUUAUUUUACUCAAUACCUAACACCAAACGAUUUUACUCAUCAGUGAGAGAGCAUGAAUGCCACUCAGUGGUUAAAAGCACUAUCACUAGCUAUGAUGUACAAGAACAUGUUUGUAACUAUUUCAAAUAAUUUUACAGUUGCUGGCCAUGUUGCCUUAUUCCAUUCUGCAUGGAUGGUUGCAAGGAUGUUACCCAUCACUGCCCCAACUGCAGAAGUCAUCUUGGUACCUAUCGCCGAAUGUAACCACCUACAUAGACACCAUCAUACCUUAACUGUCUGGUAACAGUGUUUGUAGUUUAUUGUCCUCAUUGAUUCUAUGUAAUAGAUAGUUUAUGAUUAUCAUAUAUAAAGCAUGCCAUAUUAAUUACCAUGCAAGUAUAUAGUAGUAACAUGUGUCACAUGUAGAUGCAAAUUCUGGAAGUACCUAUAUCAUGGUAAAACUGAGUCGUGUUUACAGAUAUUGUACUGUUUACGUAAUUUCUGAUUUAACUUUUUACAUAAUAAUUCUGCUUGGCAAUGUUUUGUAACUUCUAAAUAAAAGUUAUUGUAAUUAUAAAAUUUGGACAUUGUUGGAAUUUUUUUCGGACAAAAACAGCUAAUAAGAUACAUCUACCUUUAAAAGACUUUCGUUGCUGUGACGUAACUGAUAAGUUUGUAAGUUUGACUAUGAUAUAGGUACAUCAUUUGGAUUUUGCUAACUAGACAUAGAUCGCUAUUCUUAAUUUUCUGAGUGAUUUAAUGAGCUCUUGUUGAAAUGUACUUUUUUGAUUGGACUUGAUUUUCAACUAAAUUUAGAAUGUGAUGUAAUUUUCCUCAAUUCACAGAAAUUUAGAGUUUUUAGAAUUGAUAUACAUAUACCGUUGUGCGAGAAUAUAGCAGUAAUUUAUGUGUUUUAAAAUCUUUUAAUUGGCUUACUUUGUUUUGAAUUGUUGUGUGUUAUAUUUGGUCAAAACUUAGGUAAUACUUGUAGUAUUAGAUGUGACCAGAUUUUGCAGCC